AUGAAGAUCUUCCUGAGUACUUGUCUCUUCUUGGCCAUCCUUUCUGAAGUGGCAGCUGUGGUAUGUAUUGUAAGGAAAUCAAAAGAAAAAGGAACAGGAAGAGGAGUAAAAACUUGUGUAACUACCGAAGGUGGCAAUUGCUUUUAUGGUUUUACUGUCAGCAAUUUAGGUGCCUAUUAUUACGAUCGUGAACAGGGAUGUACUACAGAUUGCACUGUAGAGAGCUAUACUUUCACCAGAGAAGAUGGUCGUUACCUGCGGAGUUUCAGGUCCUGCUGUCGUUCUACAAGCUGUGGCAGUCUAGUUGGUGAAAAGGGAAAACCUAAGUUGAAUGGGCGGGAGUGUCCAACUUGUUGUCCUUCUCUCUCAAAAGCCUGUAAGGGCUCAAAGACCAUCAAGUGUAACGAUGAUGAGACUCAGUGCAUAGAGUUUGUUGUUGCUCACGAUAACAGUUCAAUUCCUGACGAGCAUUUCCACGGCUGUGCAUCCCCAAAAUUUUGUGCAAUGGCCAAGAAAUCAAUGCAUUUUGAUGCCCUUUCAGGCACUAUAACCAGAGCACGAUGCAGUGAUAUUCUGCCUCCCCUAGAGGAGCUCAACUUUGAAGAGUAAUUAGGAGAGAACAAUGUCUUCUUCCGUUUGGAUCCCACUGUUUCUUGCAGCAGUGGAGGUGGAGGUUGCUUGCCUGGUGGUGGGAGAGGAAGAGCU